AUGUCAUCGCGCACCGGAAUCCGAUCAAAAGUGACGAGACCUUGGAACACUAAUUCACCGUCGCUCGAGGGCCACACCACGCAGGGCCGCAGUGAAUCGGGCCGCAAGGCAUCCAGGACGGGAAGAGCGGACAACUUAAGAGAUAUUUUGGUCUCACAAAUGCUGAAAAUAGACAAAAUAAUGGACACUUCAAUUGGGCUUCACUCAAUGGACGAAAUUAAGACUUCAAUCCAUAGAUUAGUCUUUAUGCGAACAAUCUGGCCCAUCAACUUGAAGAAUAUUCAUCAAGUUGCCUUCAAUCGUUGCUAUCAUAGACACUUCAUCGAGGGUUUUUCGAAGAUUGCCCUGCCCUUGUCUCGUUUGACGAGGAAAUCGGUGAAGUUUGAGUGGGAUAGUCGUUGUGAGUCGAGCUUCCAGGAGCUCAAAGCGAGGCUUACGACGGCCCCAGUGUUGACUAUUUCGGACCCCGCACAGGGUUUCACUAUCUAUAGUGACGCCUCGAAGCAGAGUCUAGGCUAUGUUUUGAUGCAAGACGGCAGGGUUGUGGCUUAUGCUUCCCGUCAGCUAAAGCCGCACGAGGUCAACUACCCGACUCACGAUCUUGAGUUGGCAGCAGUGGUUCACGCCCUGAAGAUUUGGAGACACUAUUUGUAUGGGGAACAUUGCGAGAUUUACACCGACCACAAGAGCCUACAAUAUAUCUCCACACAGAAGGAGCUCAACAUGCGCCAGCGGCGAUGGUUGGAGCUAGUGAAGGAUUACGACUGUACCAUUAACUAUCAUCCGGGCAAGGCGAAUGUAGUUGCCGACGCCCUCAGCCGGAAGGGAAAGAGCGAGCUGACCUGUAUGAUCACUCAGCAGCGUCAGUUGAUUCAUGAGUUCGCUCGGAUGUAG